AUGGUUCUUACUGAUCAACAAUUACGUCAAGAAUUAAUUAGCCAUGGCGAAACUGUGCCACCAAUUACACAACGAAAUCGAGAACAACUUCGUGCUCGACUCGAGGUUCUUCGGUCGCAUACACGAACACGCACUUCUGGUACUGGCGCUGCUUCUUCACCAUCACGAUCUCAGGCGAGUUCUUCUCCAUUACGUACACGAUCAGCUGCUUCACCAGCGCGAACUCGUAAUAGCGUUGACUCGCCAUCAACUAGACGCACUCCUGCCUCACCAUCAGGUAGACGUGCAACUGCAUCACCGUCUCGAACACUUGCUGCUAAUUCACCAUCACGUGCUCGGGGGAAUGUAGCAACAACGACAACGACAUCAGUCACUAAAACACGAACAAAGCAAACGCCACAUUUGAUUGAGUUGAGUGAUUCCGACAACGACGCCUCGCCUGCAAAUGCACUACGAGGACGUUCUGAUAUAAAAUCAACGAAUGUUCAAACCCGUUCAAUUGGAUCACGCCACCAACGUGAAUCACCUAAACCAUCUUCGCCAACACGUAGUCCUCCAGCAUCAGCAAACAUGACCAAUGAUGUUGAACAAUCAAUUGCUCGGCAUCGUCGUGAGAUUAAACAACUGCUUGAUUCAGCACGUGAUCGAAGUACAGUUGGUAAUACACCAGUAUCAUCGUUACGUUCCGGACAACCGCGUGAUUCUUCAGGUCGUCAAAGUUCACCAUCACCAAGCUCGAAGACCGGUACUCGUCGACACUCAUCAAGGUCAGAUCAUGAAACUGUUACCGAUGAUAAACCAAAGAAAACAUCGACAUCUUCACCUCAACGUGGUACAAAAUCGAAAUCAUCUUCUUGCAAGAAUUGCCUGAAUGUGCUUAAAAGUCUAUUAAAAUUUGCGCUGAUUGGUUCCAUUCUUUUGGGUGGACUUGCUUUUCUUUAUCAGAAGCGUGCUGAUUUGUUUCCACCUCCAGAAGUGAUUACAUGUUCUAUCAAAAAUGCAUCAACUUGCGAUCAGAUGAAACCUGUCAUUGGAGCAGUACGAAAGCAACUUCAAAUCCGAACUGGUGAAGUUGAUUGUGGUUUUCGUGAUAAGUCUCAAAUUCUCGUGACAAAGCAAGAGAUACAAACGAAUCUCGACGAAAAAGGAUUGAAAUUUCAAUUAGGCAACGAAGAGCGAUGGAAAGCAUUGAUUGAAUACAUCAAAGGAAAACCUGUUUCUGACAUCAUAUUAUGGACUGUGGAUAACAAAGAAACGAAUACCACUGCUUUAGUAGCAAAAAUGAGCACCAAAGAGGCUUUACGUUCGUUGACAUGUCGUGCUCGUCAAGAUGUAGACAAAACUUUGAGAAACUUGGCGUUGUUGAUCUUAGGACCAGUUGGUCUUCUCACAUUAGCUUGGUUUGUUCGAAAGCAAUCGAAAGCUUUUGAAACGAACGAAGCAGCGUUCAAAAAUUACUUGAAAAAGGCAAAGGAUCUAUUAGAAGAACAAUAUAAGAAACAUGUUAGUGAUCCAAAUCAUCAACCAUGGGUUGCUAUUAAUCAUAUUCGCGAUAAAUUGAUUCCUGAAGAAGAUCAAGAACGAUUGAAACACGUUUGGGAACGUGUUAAAAGUGAAAUAACUAAACAAGAUUCACGUCUACGUGGUGAAUUACAAGAAAUUGAUGGUAAGGCAUCGGACGUUUGGCGUUGGAUCAAAUCGGCUGCAUCAUCACCGAAAAAGUCGAAAUCACUAUCAAAGCACGCAGCUGAUGAAAGUGAUGCUCCUACAACAUCUGAAGUUGGCCUUACUGAAUCUUUGAAACUACGAAAUUGUUUUCGAUCUGAUGAUGAUACUGCCGAUGAUGAUGAAAUCGAUCAUGUUGUCGAGAGUGUUCAAAAUCGAUGCGCUAAAGUUAAGAGCAUCGAACAUAUUGGUAUUCAUUCCAAUUUUGUCUAUGUGAAAUUUUCGUCAAAAGAAGCAGCCGCACAAGGUUAUCAUCUACUCAAUAAUUGGCGCUUUCAAAACCAAACUGUCAAUGUCAAAUAUAUUCGUCUCAAUCGAUACUAUGAACACUUUCCUGAAGCCAAAGAUGCCAGUUCAGAUAAAUAA